AUGGCAAGGCGUGCGGCCGGGCCUUCGACUGCGCCUUCGACUGCGCCUCCCACGGGACCUUCGGCGCCAGCGUUCAACCUCUCUGCUACGAGGCUUCGAGGAUCGGCCACGGCCCUGUAUCUCCGCAGGGUCGCCAGGGACGUCCACCACCACUACGUCGAUCUGGCGGUGGACUCGAUCAUGCAGCAGUUCUGGCAGGCUGCCACCUCCACCUGGCUUGCCAGCAACAAGCAAGCUCACGCCACGACACGAUCGCAGUGGGAGGACCUGCGCAGUCGCUGUUACCGGGACAGGGCGCUGCUCAGCGAUGCAGGCGAGCCUCUGACGGAGGACGGCAUCUGGCUGCCACGAUAUGCAGAUGGCAUGGCAGGUGACGAGUCGACCCUGCUCCAGGCUGGCAUCACCUACGGCUGCGAGGUGCACGAGCGACGCGCCGAACUGCAGGCAGCAAAGGAGGCGGAACAAGCUUGGUAA